UGAGAGUGGCCGCAUGGCGGGGUGAGAGGCGGCGGGGCCCCGGGGAGCUGGCGGAGCCUUGACGGGGCGUGGGUGGCGGGAGGCUGCGGGGCCAGCGGAGGCUUCGGGACCGUCCGUGUGUUCUGUAUGGCACGGCUGGCUGCACGCUGAGCACUCACCCAUGGACUCGGAAGCUAAAGAUGAAGAGGAAGAGAGUCUGCAAACAGCUUUCAAAAAGCUGAGAGUGGAUGCAGCAGGAUGCAUUGCAGCUCUGUCUGUUGGUGACGGGACGAUGCUGAGAACAGCAAGAGCAGCUGUGGAUGGAGCCAAGCAGCAGACUGUCUGCUCAAAGGAAGUGUGGCAUGGGUGUGUGAGAAAGCCUUCCAGAGGAUCAGCCAGAGCCCCACGUCGCAGGCGCUCCAAGUCUCCCGUCCUACAUCCUCCCAAGUUCACUUAUUGCAAUAUGAAAGCCAGCAACCAGCUGAAACACAAAACCCAGGCAGAUAUGUCAAAGGGUGGCAUCAGCUCAGACGUUUUUGUCCCAGCAGAACACAGUACAAAGGACAGGCACGAUUCUCACUUUGACACCAGUGAUGACAAAACUGAACCUUUGGAAGCUUUCACCUCUGAAGAGCCUUUGGAGAAGUCAAGAGAGAAUUGUCCUACUCUCUCCUCAUCCUUUGAGACUAGCUUGCAUUCUAGCCAGACCUCAGAUUUCCAGUCCUUAUCCAUGCUUAGCAAUGGCAGGCAGUGCCCUUGUACGGACAAGAAAUGUCAGUGCCAACAGUGGCGAACCAUGGAAGUAUACUCCUUCUCUGGCUUACGGAGUGUCCUGUCGGAGUGCGAGAAGGCAGUCCUAGGAGUCCACACCCAGUCUCUUCAGAAUAGACCCCCUUGUGGGACAGCCUCAUCAAGUUCUCCUAGAUCUUGUUCUGAGCAAGCUCGAGCCUUUGUGGAUGACGUGACUAUUGAAGAUCUCUCAGGAUACAUGGAAUAUUACUUAUAUAUUCCCAAGAAGAUGUCUCAUAUGGCAGAAAUGAUGUAUACUUGACUGAAAGCAAUAAGAAUCCUGAGUCAGUCUGUGAUAACGGUUGGGUUAAAUGCCUUGUCAGUGCCAUGUUUUCACUGUUGUGUGUUUGAUCAGAUAUUUCUUUGCCUCAUACAGUUUAGUUUUUUAAUAAAACGAAAAAUGGAAUAUAGUUUCUGAGCUUAGUUCUAAAAAGAAUGCACUAAAGUCUGAAUACAUUAACACAAGCACUGUAGAUCAAAUGACUCUCCUUGGUUUUGGGUUUGUGCUGUGGAUAUUCAAGCUCUGUAGUGCUGUUUUCACUAUGGGUUUUUUGGGGGGAAAGGCCUUUUUUUUUUUUUUUUUCCUGAAAUUUUGCAGUGUUUGGAAAGCUCAUUUUAAUGUGUCCCAGUACUAAAGAGUACUAAGAGCUACAGCCCUAUCCUCAUCCUCCUCUAGGGAGAAGGGUGAGCAGGCAUUCAGUAUUUUGGAUAGGAUGAAUCUCCUUUCCUCAGACACUACCUGGCUUGUUUUUAGUUGGAUCCUAUUGUGAAUUCCUCCUCCCAAACGUGUUGGGAGAUCCGUAAUGUGCAAGUGUGCGCUUGGACCCUUCCAUAAAUUAACUAGCUCUCUCUUAAGCAGUUCUAUUUUUCUGCAGAUAAGCAAAGCUCUUAGAAGCAAGAGUAUAUUUUGUUAUUUGUGCUUUAUAAAUGGAAUAAUUUAGAGGGGAGUGAAGCAGGCUAACAGUUGUUUUGGGCCAUGUCUCAGAAGUGGAGAUGGUGGAACCACCUGUAGAGGUUGCUUCUGAGGAUGUUUGGUACACAAAGCAGUAUGCAGAGGUAAUAAAGAAGCGUGUAUCAUACAGGCUUUGUGGUGUAGAGCUGCAACAUUCCUUCUGAUUGAAAAUACUGAAAUAAAGCAUUUUGUUGCUGA